AUGGCCGCGACAGACUCGCUGGUGGACGGCAGCGACAUCUCGCCGUCCGUCUCGGCGCCCAAGGAGCGGCACUCGCUGACGCUGGACCAGCGCCGCGCCCUGCGCCGCUGGGCGAACACGCAGACGAUCCGCCCGUCGCACAAGGCCUGCAUCGAGUGGUUCUUUGGCCAGUACGGCCAGCAGAUCAGCCAGUCGACCGUCUCGCACUCGCUGUCGCCCAAGUACUCGCGCCUCGACGGCGACAACCCGCAGCUGUCGGGCUCGCGCCUGCGCUUUGGCAACUGGCCCGACGUCGAGAAGCUGGUGCUGCUGUGGUACCAGCAGGUCCAGGCCGCCGGCCGCCAGCCCACCAACGAGGAGCUGGGCGAGAAGGCCAAGAGCAUCUUCAGCCAGCUGCCGCGCUACAAGGAGGAGAGCCCGCCCGAGUUCUCGCCGGGAUGGAUUCACCGCUUCAAGAAGCGCUACGGCCUGCUGAUCCGCCGCCAGCGGCGUCACGGCGACGGCGGCAUCAACCCGGCCGACGACAUUGACUACCUGGCCGACUGCGUGCCGCGCUUCAUGGCCAUCGCCAGCGACACCAGCCCUGCCGCCAUCCGGGAGCAGGUCCUGCGCGUGGUGGGCGUCGAGUCCAGCCUCAACACCUGCGCCCUGGUCCGUGACGAGAUCAUCCGCCGCCUGGCCAGUGCUCAUGCCGCUCCGCUCCCGUCUCUGACCCCCGUCGAACCCACUCUCGCCCAGCCACAGCCCGACCAGCCGCUCUAUGCCGAGGACGACCCCGAGGUGGUGCUCCAGAACGCUCUCCGACAGCUCCAGCAGGAAGAGCAAGCUGCCGAGGAGCAGGCCGCUGCUGUGCGCGAAGAACGUGAGCGUGCGGAGAGAGCUGCUGGGCUUCAGCAGCAGCAGGCCAUGGUCUCUACGCCGAGUGCUCGCGCGCCGUCAGAUACCCGCUACACCACGCCGGGCCAAGACAUGGCUCCUGAUCUGACUCUCACGCCGAUUCACUCCGAAGUGCCCAUCGCCACGCACGACAGACCGCUGCGAUGCCCUUUUUGCGUCAACCAGCGAAUGCUUCGUUCAAUCAAAGAGGCGGUGGAACACAUGUCGACGCAUGUCGUGGUGUAAAAAACCUCCCCCAACUUCACCCAAGAUCCACCUCUAUACAUUUUCUUCUUCUCUCUCUCCCUCAUCAAUUGGCGUUGUACUUUGAAGCCAAACCAUCCAUCGAAUAUUCCUUCGCCUCAUCCUUUUAUGCGCUCUUUUUUUUUCACGAUCGGGGAGUAUGGGGGCGGGAGGGGAAUUUCACGUCGCUUCUUUUGGGAUGAGAGGUCCCCCCCCUUACACGCUCACGGAGUUUGAUAAAAGACAAGGGGCCAUUGCGGAGUUUCGGUGCCUUUUUUUUUUUUAACUUCAUCUUUUUUUUGAUAUCCAUAUGGCUGGCAUAUGAGGCGGUGAUGCCGUCAUGAGGCUGCUGAUGUACACUAUCUUGUUUGAGAAUCAAGACGCUCAGGAAUCUAUACCGCCUGAACAUGAUUCACAAACAAUCCCAACUCUGAGCAUGAAAAAAAAUAUAAAAAGUGUAUCCAUGU